AUGAGAUCUAACCGCGCAACCCAUCCCAGGGCCUUCCCAGACCUGCCAGCCGUGGGCUUCUUCAUGCUCCCUCCCAGCUGCCAGGGGGUCAUCAAAUGGAGCGGCGGCCAGCACCCCCUGCAGGACCUGCCCACGACGCGCCAUCUCACGCCCGAGUCGCAAUGGGUCACGUCGGCGACAUACUACUUUGUGUAUGGCGUCCUCACGGCCACGCACGACACAGCCGCUGGGAACCUCAUGGUCAAGUCGAUGAACUCGACCAUGUUCGCCGAGUCGUGCCCGGACCUGCGGAUGUCGGACCUGCUCGCCUUCACCUGGGCACAUGCGCACGGCAACGAGAACGAGUACCCGCGGAGGCCCCUCAGGCUCGUGGUGAUGGAGGAGGUGCUCGCGGUCACGCGCGAGACGACCGGCGGCCGCCUGAUGCUGAACACAGCCGAGGCCAUGGACCUUGUCUUUGACGCGCUCCCGGGCGCCGACGGCCGCGCGCCGUGCCCCCGGACGGAGCGGCUGACGCUGCGCCACGACGCGGCCGACGGGCUCGAGAGGCGGGCGUUCUGGUUCAUGUCGGCGCAGCCGCACGUGGCGCGGGUGCACAUGAUGCUGGCCGACUACCCGCAGCUGUUCCGCCACCACCGGAUAGAAAAGGUUCACCUGAUGCAGGCCGAGUACCCUCCCCGGGCCCGCGACGACGUGGCCUGGGACCCGACGUGGGGCCGCAACAUCGCGCUCGAGCUGGGGCCGAUGGAGGACGGCAUCGAGCCGUUCGGGUGCGUGUCGGCGGCCCUGAUGGUGCUGCCCCGCCGCCCCGCGCCGCCGCCCAAGCUGGACUGGGACCUGGCCGAGGGCUACGAGAUGCUGUUGUGA